CUCAUUCCUCCAUCCUCAUCCCUCUACCACCCUCCUCCUCCCCCCUCCCUGUGCUGUUGCCCUGCCCACCAAGCUCCGCCAUGCCGCAUUGCCGACGGCGCACGGCGCUGUUUGUCGGUCAGCAGCGGUGAGGAAGUGAAGGCGCACCGUUGUACUUGAGCCGGCCGCACCAUGGCAGAGACCAUCCAGGACAAGCUGAAGAAGUAUAAGACUGCUCCUUUUGAUGCUAGGUUUCCUAAUCAAAACCAAACCAGGAACUGCUUCCAAAAUUACCUAGAUUUCCAUCGUUGUACCAAAACACUGACUGCAAAAGGUGUUGAUGUUUCUCCCUGUGAAUGGUACCAGAGGGUAUUCAAGUCAAUCUGCCCAAUUUCAUGGAUAAAGAAAUGGAAUGAUCAGUUGGAACAAGGCACGUUUCCCGGAAAAAUCUAAGCAAUUAUUGCAGCCAGGUUAAAAUCUUGCAAUGUUUGCAAAACUUGCAUCUUACACCAAAUAAAUUCCUGAAAGUUGAACUUA